CUCCCUGCUCGCUGCAUCCCUCUCCGCAUCCCUCCUCCGUUCCCUCGGUCCCUCCGCGCCUUCCUCUCCCCUCCCGCCGCGGGAGCCGCCGCCGGAGCCGGAGCCUGGAUGCGGACCCCGGCCCCGGGGCGGCUGCGCCUCCUUCGCCCGCCCCGUGGCCCCCGCGGGCCCCACGUGCCCGGCGCCGGGCCCCCGCAGCGGCCGGCCGGACGGACCUUCUGCCCCAGCCGCGCCGCCGCCGCCCCGGCCCUAAGAUGAAGAGGGCGUUUGCCGGAGGAAGCAAACUGCUGAUCUGGGUGCUGUGCCUGAACCUCCAGUCCCGAGCGGAUCCGUGCCCCGGGGCCUGCGUGUGCUACAGCGAGCCCAAGAUCACCACCAGCUGCCAGCAGCAGGGGCUGAGGGCCAUCCCCGCCGCCAUCCCGGCCCAGAGCCAGCGCAUCUUCCUCCACAACAACCACAUCACGCAGGUGGGGGCCGCCAGCUUCCGCUCCUGCCGCAACCUGACCAUCCUCUGGAUCCACUCCAACGCCAUCGGCGUCAUCGAGGCCACGGCCUUCGCCGGCCUGGACAAGCUGGAGGAGCUGGACGUCAGCGACAACGUGAACCUGCGCGCCAUCGCGCCCGCCACCUUCCGCGGCCUGCGGCGCCUGCACACCCUGCACCUGGACCGCUGCGGCCUGCUGGAGCUGUCCCCCGGCCUCUUCCGCGGCCUCUUCUCCCUGCAGUACCUCUAUCUCCAGGACAACAACCUCCAGGCCCUCCAGGAUGACACCUUCCUGGACCUGGCCAACCUCACCUACCUGUUCCUGCACGGCAACGGCAUCCGGAACCUGUCCGAGAACGUCUUCAGGGGCCUGGUCAACCUGGACCGGCUGCUGGUGCACCAGAACCAGGUGUCCCGGGUGCACCCCCGGGCCUUCCACGACCUGGGCAAAGUCAUGACCUUAUACCUGUUCAACAACAACCUGACGGUGCUGGCGGGGGAGACCAUGGCGCCGCUGGCGAACCUGCAGUACCUGCGGCUCAACGGGAACCCCUGGAUCUGCGACUGCCGCGCCAAGUCCCUGUGGAGCUGGUUCAAGCAGUUUAAGGGCUCCUCCUCGGACCUCGAGUGCCAUCUGCCCCUGCGCCUGGCCGGGAGGGACCUCAAACGGCUGCAUGGCGCCGACCUGGAGGGCUGCGUUGACCCCGUCAACCAGGUCCGCUCGGGGUCCAAGGGCAGGCACGGGAAAGGGCCCACCAUGGAGCCCCUGCCCGUGGGGCCCCACGACGGCCCUCUGAAAUGCUGCCAGCCGGAGGCGGACAAGUCUUUCAUGUAUGAAGCCACGGGGCACGGGGGGCCCCAGUACGGCGGCCCCCCCACCGGCAACGGCCGGAAGGACAAGGAGAACAUGUCCAAGCCCAAGACGGCAGAGUCCGACCCUGCCAAAAACGCCAGCCAGAAGCACAUCAAUGACUCGCCCUUUGGGACUUUCCCCAGCAACGUGGAGGUCCCACUGACCAACUUCCAGCCCGAUCUCCUGGAGCCCGGGGAGUCUUCCAUGGCUCCCCCCCGCCGGAGGCCCGGCUGCUCCCGAAAGAACCGGACCAAGGCCCAGUGCCGCCUGGGCCCCACGGGCAGCAGUGGCGCCAGCGGCGGCAGCAGCGGGAGCAGCGGCAGUGGCGGUCUCCUCGGACCCGCUCGGCCCAGCCUGGCCCUUGGCCUGGUUCUCCCCGUGCUCCUGUUCUGGACUUUGCUGUGGUCCUGUUAAUGGUUCCUAGGGCAGGAUAGCACUGGCCCAGCGUGGCUGGGGCAAACCAAGGCUGGGGCCACAGGGGACCGGAUGCCUUUAUAGAGAAUCCCGGUGUAUAUAAAGUGCAUCCCCCACCCCACCAGGAGAAUUAAAAGGGAGGCUGCUGACCCUGUCCCCACAGGGGUCAUUCUUGAAUGAGGUCGGGCACACGAGGGGCUUCUGAGUAAUCCCCCUGAGCCGCCCCAGCCCCUGACUCCCAAGCCCUUGAGGAAAAAGUUCUCCCUUGCCGAAUGUCUCACACACACACACAGACACACACAGACACGCACACACACAUACACACACACACAAAACAAAACAAAAAAGACUCACCAGUUUCUAAGUUGGAAUCCUCCCAAACGACAUUGCAAGUUCCCGUUUGCCAAGGCGGCGCCCGCCGCUCUCCGGAAGCCCGUCUCUGAAUAUUGCUGUCCGCCAUCCCCAUCUCUCAUGCCAUGUUUACAGGGGGCAUCGGUUCCAGAAUGCUGCUUCCUACUCAGACUGCAGUCUAUAUAAAAAUAUACAUUUUAUUUUCCUUGUGUCAAAGUAUAAAAAAAUAUAAAAUAAAGAUUUCCUUUUCCUACACUGUUGACGAUGUGCCCGUGGGGCAGCCUCCUCCCUUUGCCUGCAGCGUGGACGUUGACUUCGGUAGGUCAGGUUGUCGUGAGCGCGCUGCCAUGGGGGCUCCCUUGAUGACCCACUGAGGCUGCUGCAGGUGGGCCCUCCCCGGUGAAGCCUUAGGCAGGUAUGACAGAUGCACGGUCCGCUUCCGGGGCUCUUAAAGAACCCUCUGAGGGGCUCCCCUUCAAAAACCCAAGGCCCCGUCACACCGUGCAAAGGGGGGCAGUGGAAGGCUAAGAGCUUCCUGGGAUCAUGGUGAGAUCAUCGGUACCUUAGCAGCAUCUCACAGAUGAGGAAGCUGGGGUCGGGGAAGCAGAACAAAUUUGCCCCCGGCUCCUAGCAGAGCUCAUAUGCCUGGGCUGGUUCCCGAGCCGAGGAGGCUUCAGACCUGGCUCCUGAAUUGGGUUCUAGGUGGCUAUUGGUCGAGAAGAACCAGCCACCAUUUCCUUCUGUCCCCAACAGCAUUAUUUGAUCUCACUUGAUUUCAUUUCCAGUGCUUCUUAGCUCUGGAAUCCUGGGUCUCAAUUUUCUCAUCUAUAAAAUGGGAGGAAGAGACAGGGUGAUCUCUAAAGUCCCUGGUGAUGACACGGGCCUCCUGGAGACCUAGCUGGGUGAGAAGUGCAGAGAUGAGAUCAGCUGAGGCGUAUGUAGGAGUGUGGGGGGAGAGAAGUGGAUUCUGACCUGCUUCCUUCAGGGAGGGUUCCUACCUAUUUCAGCACUGCUUCAAAGUGUAUUUUUAAAUUUUUUUCUUUUUAAAUUGUGACCACACCAGUCACUACCCACCACUAGCAUUUUCUUAGAUAGAAAAGAACUACCCUAAUGGGUGAUCAGUGAUCAGAGGGUGAAGUCCAAGUGAUUAACAGCCACAAGGGAAAAAGGCUCCAAAUCACUAAUCAGGAGAGAAGUGGAAGAUCAACGGUGUUCUGAGAUCUCUAUCGUUAAAGUAUAAUUGCUUAUUGUACAUUCAGAGAAACUGAGGCUCUGAGCAUGCAGCCACUUAUUCUUACUCCCACAAAUGUGGAAGGGAGAUGGCACAAGUGCCUGGAAUCCUGAGUUUGGAGAAAGAGGUCCUGGGGUUGAAUCUUACCCUGGUGGCAAAUAAUAAGUAGAAAGUACAAAUAGAAAGAGCAAGU